AUGACAUCGUUAGCGGCUCGCAUUCAAGAUCAAGCAUCGCUGUACCGGAAACUUAGUGACGAGCUCGCACAAGAGCACACCAUCAGCAUGGGGCUGGAAAGCUGCCUGGCUGAACGAGAUCGCCUGACACAGAGAAUCAAGUCAAAGCAAGUCGAGCUGGGUACUUUAACAGAAAACUCCAAAAAGGAGUUCGACGACUUGCGCAAGAUCCGCCACCUUUCUAUACGAUCAGCAGCCGCAACACUGACAGGCAAAAAGCGUGAGAAAGCCGCCGUAGGGGAAGCAAGAUACCAACAAGCUUUUGAAUCUGAACAGCGUUGUAAACGCGAUAUUGAACAAAUGUCUAACGAGCUUGGCGUGCUCUCAGAUAACCAACAACAACUCGAACGCCAAGCAGACCAUAUACGUGAAACGCGAAAUCAAUUUAAACGAUUAUUAGACGAUGUAUGGAGUAUCAUGGAAAACAGAUGGGAGGGAGAAAAGAGUCGUUUCAACAAAUUAGAAAAGGAGAGAACAAUUUUCACUGUUACUAAUCCAAGCUAUCCGCUCGAACCGCAACUCAAAGCUGAAGUGCAAAAUUACAUUAAUCAAAAGGCUGCGGCCGCUCGUGACCUUGAUCGAUUCAAAGAUACGGAUCAUAAUCUGAGUCAUGCCAAGCGCGACAUUAACAAAGUAUUACGGUUAAUUAAUACGAGCAUAAGCUAUGUACCAUUUGACUUGUUUGGAGGAAACUUGAUGGAUGCAAACCAGGCAGCUUGUCUUGAAGGUGCCAAGAAGCAAACAUAUGAGGUUCAACGAAGGUUAAAUGUGGCGCGACAGAUUCUUCCUGAGAUACCUCAUCCUGGUCUGCUCGAUGUUGUCUCCAACAACUUGUUACUGAGUAUGCAAGUGAAUUUCAACUAUGUUGAUGUUGCAUGGAAAGCCAAAGCACAACACACCUAUGCAUUGUUGGCCACCUGUCAAAAGAACAUUGAUACCUCGCUCCAUUGGGUACGCCACUACUUACGUUACACUGAAGGAGCACUGCAGCGUCUUGACGUUGCAAUUAAUUCAACACAAAAUGCAUUAGAAAACGAGCGUCGCCGGAUAGCUGACGGUGUUCUUUCUGGUCAACCUGUUGAUGGCAUGGCUGGCGGCGUGGAUGAACCCGAUGACCAACCUCCACCCAUGUACGAAUCACCCCCUGACGCAAACGCUGCAAGCAUCACUGCUAUCCCUUCCAUCCCUUCUGACGUUCACCUCCCUCCACCAUCACCUACAUCAACGUUGGAGAACGGUGGAACUCUUACACCUUUUACAACAGCGUCGUCGUCAAACAGCGCAUCUCAGCGGCCCCCCAGCCAACCGCCGGCUCCAUAUCCACUUCCCUCUCCUCCAUCUUCUAGUAGUACUCCUUACGUAACACAGAAUACGCAUAAUCCGUUUAGAUAA